CCUCCACUACCCCCACUACCACUUCCACUACCCCCACUACCACUUCCACUACCCCCACUACCACUUCCACUACCCCUACUACCACUUCGCAAGCUCCUCAACCCACUACCACUUCGACUAAGGCCCCCGAGCCUACCACCACCUCGACGUCGGCGGCGCCCUCGCCUACUUCGGGCGGCGGCGACGACAACACCACGGGUGCUACCUACUCCGGUGACGGUACCUACUACGAACCCUACGUCGGCUCGUGCGGCUGGACCAACACCAUUGACGACCCCAUCGUUGCCAUCUCUGCCACCCGUUACAAGGAAAUCAUGGCCCAACACAACGUCGCCAACCCCAACAACAACCCCGUGUGUGGCGCCAAGAUUAAGGCCUGGAACCCCGAGAACGGUAAGUCGGUGGUGGUCACCGUCGUCGACUCGUGCCCUGGCUGUGCCAAGGACGACUUGGACUUGUCGCACUUUGCCUUUGACUCGAUCGCCGACCACGCCCUCGGCAGAUUCAAGCUCAAGUGGCAAUGGCUUGACAAGGAAUACUAA